AUGAUUCAUUUUGUGGUCCUUUUGCUUCUUGAAACUUGCGUUAGUCGCGUCUCCAGCGUCAGAUUCGAUGCAGAGCAUUCUCAAGUCAACUAUUCGGGCAUUGCCUCGGGAAUCACCCUCCCAGUUUACUAUUUUCAGCUCAAUCUUUUCGACAAAAACGGCGAGCAACUAGAUGAGUCGCCAGAGAACAAUCCAAAUGUUGAAGUAUUAGGCGCCGACGGAAGCCAGAUUCGAUCCAAGGUCGAACUCCUCGACACCAAAAAUGGCCGCUUCAUGGGUCGGAUCAAGACAUUCCAACUCCUCGAGAAGGUGACCAUUCGAGUAACUGAUGAAGAUAGUGGAAAAGAAUUCGGUAACUCGCGACGACGCUUUGAAAAUUUGAAUCACGACGAGUGUUCCUGUCCUGUUGAGAUCGAGAGAUUUCAAGAAGCGUUUGAGCUGGAGCAUCGAGAAGACGAUGUUCUCAUUGGAUUCGAUCAGAUGUCAUACGAAAGCAACAACGAGCAGAUUCGAGAAUAUUUCGCUGCUCGUCCAAAUAGUUGCGCGCUCUGCCACUAUGUCAUAAAAGCUGGUCGCAUUUACCGCCAGUGCUACGGGAAACAUGUCGGUUUCAACAUGUUUUCUGAUGCGACACUUAUCGCGCUUUCAAGAAUCGUCAAGCUGCCCGAUGUGCAAUUCUGGAUGAACUUGGGCGACUGGCCCCACUCGACAGUGAACAAGAAACGAAAGGAAGAACAGCUCUUUCAAAUGGUUUCAUGGGGAUCGCAUCAAGACUUCAAAGAUCUCGUUGUUCCAACAUACGAUCUCAUGGACUCUACGCUAGGGAUGAUGCAUCGUCUCAGCAAGGAUCAGUUCUCCGUUCAAAGUACGGGUCGCCAAACACAAUGGACAGAAAAGAUCGAAAAGGGCUUUUUUCGCGGCAGAGACAGUCGACAAGAGCGUCUCGAUUUGGCAGAAAUGUCGCAAAAGAAUCCAGAGCUCAUCGAUGCCGCCAUCACGCGAUAUUUCUUCUUCAAAGAAGACGAAAGCAAGUACGGACCCAGAUCGGAACACGUGCCUUUUGCUGACCAUUUCAAAUUCAAAUACCAAAUCAACGUUGAUGGGACCGUAGCGGCAUAUCGCCUGCCCUAUCUCAUUCUCGGCAAUUCGGUUGUUUUAAAACAAGAGAGCGCUUACUACGAGCACUUUUACCCAAAGCUAGAGGCUUGGAAACACUUUAUUCCGCUCAAAAGAGACUUGUCCGACAUCGUCGAGAAGAUCCAAUGGGCGAAAGAAAACGACGCCGAAGUAGCUGAAAUAGCAAGAGCUGCUCAUCGAGUUGUAGAGAAAGAAACUGAACCGGUUAGGGUUCUUUGGAGCUGGAUAUCGCUGCUCAAGCGCAUUUCGGAGAAAAUGACAGGAGAGGUCGAAAUAAACGACGAAAUGGAAGAAGUGCAGAUCCCAGUAUCUCAUAGACCCUGCUCCUGUAGUAGUAGACAACACAACGAACUGUAA